GAGGGGAUCCAGGAAGUCCAGAGCGCUGAUUCCUCCCAUUCAGACGUGGCCAACGCCGACGAGGAGCAGCAGAGCACCCCGCGUGCUUCGGUUGUGAGCAGGACGGAGAGUCAGGCGACAAGUCAGGAUAAGGUCACCAACAGAGCUCCGGACAAGCUUGAGCCACUGACCAGGCGGCACUCCCGACCUUUGACCCGCAGCAGGCCGCUGACCCGCUCGUCCCUCUCGUCCCCUACGCAUCUCGAUGCUCGACUGGCCAGGGCUGCUGCAAGGAUGACCAGCGGAUCUGCAGAGAUUGAGGCUAAGGAGGCUUGUGAUUGGCUUCGAGCAGCAGGAUUUCCACAGUACGCCCAGCUCUAUGAAGAUUCCCAGUUUCCAGUUGAUAUUUCCUCUGUGAAAAGGGACCACGACUUUUUGGACCGGGAUCUGGUAGAGCCUCUAUGUCGACGUCUAAAUACUCUGAACAAGUGUGCCUCCAUGAAACUGGAUGUCAGCCACCCCAAGAAGAAAGGAGAUGACUCUGACGAAGAUGACCCCUUGGCUAUCAGUAAAAGGUGGACGUUCGAGUGGAGCAGCCGACGUUGGUCGCGCCUGCAGGACUUCCUGUUGGACAGCACCGCUGAGAGCAGCCUGACCGGUCCGGGUGAGGGUCUGCUGCACAGCACAGUGAGCAUUGAGAGUGUGCUGACGGACCUGAGCGAGCAGGAGAUCACUGAAAUCUCCUCGUUGCACAGUGAGGACUCCGCCUCCGCCAUGCCUGACUCUAUAUCUAUGGCAUCUCUCUCUGCUUCCUACCAGCCCCCCAGGGAUCUUUCACACUACAACUCCCUGCCAAUGAAGAGCAGUCGCCACGGGCAAGGAGGGCGGAGUAAAGCCAAAGAGUUCUUGCGUCGCAUGGAAUUAAUGCGCACCUGGGGGCCGUCGUCGAAGAGGAAAAUGUCAAAUCGCAGGCCGCCGCUGGUCAUCAGUGGGCCUGUGUUACACGGCGAGGAGCCUCACGCUCUGCAGGUGCUCCAGUGUACUCCCAUCAGCCAACUAGAACACCACCAAACUGAUGGUGACACAUCCUCUGUCUCGCCCACCAAUGACUCGCCCACCACAUCCACUGUCUCGCCCACCAAUGACUCUAAUGAACAAUUCACGUUGCGUGAUGGCCCCAGCAGUGAGACAGUGGCGCCCGAUGUGAAGGAGCCUGUGUGUGCAAAACACCGCACCGCCAGCAAGAGAAGCAGCAUGUAUCUGGAGGACAUGGAGCUGCCUUCUCAGGGUAAGAGGACUGAAGGACAGAGCCAGUUUGGCAGAAACCAGUUUCGCUCAUAUGAAAACCUCCUCGUUCACAUCCCCAAAGACCAUAAACCAGGCACCUUUCCAAAAGCUCUAUCCAUAGAGAGCCUGGCGCCUUCCCCCGGUGACGGAAACAAUGGCCGCCAGACACGGGCCCGAACCUCUCGACCCAACAACGGCCCCGGUGAUCCCUGGUCUAGCAAACCUCUGUCCAAGCCCUCCUGUCCUGGAGCUCCACGUGGCAGCAGGGUGAGUGUUUAUGACAACGUGCCGGGCUCCCACCUUUACGCCAGCACAGGAGACCUGCUGGACUUGGAGAAAGAGGACAACCUGUUCCCUCACCUAGAUGACAUCAUCCAGCACGUCAGCGGCUUGCAGCAAAUAGUGGACCACUGGAGCCGCAGUGUGCUGCCCGAGGGUGACACAGGGGAGGGGGAGGAGGAAGGGGAGGGCAGGAACACCCCCAGUGAAGGCGAGAGAGAUGGGGUCUCCCUGAACGACACCGAUUCGACGGGAACCAGUCGGGAGAGGCGGGACUCCGGAGUCGGGGCGUCGCUGACAAGACCACGUCUACGAUGGCCCAGCUUCAGAACCUCUGAUCAUCUCAACCAGCCGGCAUCUUUGCUGCAGAUCACUAGCCAAUCAGCGGGCCAGCUCAGCCUGCUGCAGAAGUUCUCUUUGCUCCGCCUCACCGCCAUCAUGGAGAAAUACUCAAUGUCUAAUAAACAUGGCUGGACAUGGUCUGUGCCCAAGUUUAUGAAGCGCAUGAAGGUUCCAGACUACAAAGAGAAGAGUGUGUUUGGUGUUCCCCUCAUCAUCCAUGUCCAGCGCUGUGGUUUUCCACUCCCUCUGUGUUUACAGCAGGCCCUCUGCCACCUCAGAAAACACUGUCUCGACCAGGUUGGAUUGUUCCGCAAAUCUGGCGUGAAGUCUCGAAUUCAGGCUCUGAGGCAGCAGUGUGAGUUGUCCCUUGACUCUGUGAGCUACGAGGACCAGUCAGCCUACGACGUGGCCGACAUGGUCAAACAGUUCUUCAGAGACCUGCCAGAACCUCUGCUGACAAGCAAGCUGGGGGAAACCUUCCUCCAUAUUUACCAGUACGUCCCAAAGGAGCAGAGGUUGCAGGCAGUCAGAGCGGCCAUCUUGCUGAUGCCAGAUGAGAACAGGGAGGUUCUGCAGGCGUUGCUCUACUUCCUGCGUGACGUGACUUCCUUUGUAGAGGAGAACCAAAUGACGCCGAUGAACCUUGCUGUUUGUCUGGGACCUUCGCUCUUCCACCUCAGCAUACUGAAGAACGAGAUGCUCUCACCAAGGUCAAUCCAGAAGAAGUACACCACGGGCCGUCCCGAUCAGAAAGACCUGAGUGAGAACCUGGCAGCCACCCAGGGUCUGGCUCACAUGAUCACCGAGUGCCAGCGUCUCUUUCAGAUCCCAGAGGAGAUGGUGACCCAGUCUCGUAACUCCUAUAUGGAGGCUGAGCUGAUGGUGCCCCCGCUGGACGAGCUGUGCAAGGCUCACGAGGAGGAAGUGGAUGAGGAUGAGGAAGAGGAGGACGAGGAGGGAUCCUAUCAUUCACACCUAGAAAGGCUGGUCCAGAACCUGCUGGAAGAGGCCAAAGAUAAGAGCAAAGGCUGGGUGUCUCGCUCGACAACUGACAAUACAGAACUGGCAUUCAAAAAGGUGGGAGAUGGUAACCCUCUGAGGCGAUGGCGAGUGUGUGUCGAGGUGCCGGCAACUCCAGACGAGGUUCUGCAGCGGCUGCUGAGAGAGCGCCCUCUGUGGCAGACUGAUCUACAGCAGGAGAAAGUUCUGGAGACACUGGAUAAACAGACAGACGUGUACCAGUACUCCUGCCACAACAUGGUACCUCAACCCAGCUGUGACUAUGUGGUACUAAGAUCAUGGCGUACAGACCUAUGUAAAGGCUCCUGUGCGCUGGUGUGUGUGUCGGUCGAACAUGAUGACAGCCCACGCACGGGAGCUGUGAGGGGGGUGGUGCUGGAGUCACAGUACCUCCUAGAGCCCAGUGGGACUGGGAGGACCAGACUCACACAUAUCUCCAGAGUGGACCUCAGGGGAAGAUCUCCAGAAUGGUACAACAAAGCAUUCGGUCAUCUGUGUGUUAAUGAAGCUCAAAGGAUCCGAUCCUCUUUUCACCUGUCGGAUCAGACGAGCACUGAGGCCAAGAUCUGAACCCCAGAAACCAAACUUCAUCUUGGGGUCACACUGCCAGAGCAGCUGAACUUGAGAACGCUGGAGGGGAAUCAUCCAGGCGGUAGACUUUAGUACCUUUUCACACUGCUGAAGCCACACUCAGCUGUACUGUACUAUACUGUACUGAGUUACCGUAAUUCACCGAAAAGGGAUUUUUUGCCAUGUAUUCCAAUAAUUCUGUAAUAACAACAUAUCGCUUCUUAUUUAUCCCAUAAAUAUUGAAUUGUCAUUUUCUGCCCCACUGAGGACAUGUUGGAUUCCAAUUCCAAAUAUGGAACAGCUAAUUUGAUUUUCUUUUCAAUAGACAUUGAUGUUUCAUAUAAUAAUCUCAUAACCAUGUGCAUUUUUGGAGCAGUUGUGCAGACUGGAUCAUUCUUCUGAUCUAAUACAAUAUCUUGCAAACAAAAAUGACCUAAGAUAACAGCCAGCACCAGAAGGAGUGAACAUACGAUGGUUGCCGUCUCUACCACUUUAAUUUGAUAAAGCUGUAACUGAUGUUAUAGUGUGUAAAAUUGACAUAAAGGUUACUCACAAGUAAAGUAGAAAAUCCGUUUUCUAUGGAUUAUUUACUUUAAGAAAUCUAUCUUAACUCCAUCUCUUUAAAAUGUCACAUGGCCUAGCCAGUGGAAUACAAACGAUUAAUUUGAUUGAAACGCUUCAUAUCAAUCUUGUUGUGUUUUAUUAGAUAGACCUUAAAAACCAGUGCUCAAAUUAUUCUUAGUUCUGCUUUUAAAAAUCUUGCACGCUUAUAAAUUAUCUGAUUAAAAAUGUCCCUCUAAUGUCUAUGAAUUUGUCCAUCAAUAAUCAAAUGCUCCUACAAAGCGGUGAACAAAUCACUUAAGUAUGCACAUUUAUAAAAGGCACUUGAUUAUGAUUGAGCCUUCCUCAGAUAAAGAUGCAUUAAUCCCAGUGCUCUGAAAAAAUCCCUUUUUAUUUAGAAUGACUAUGACCAGUACAGUAUGGCUAUGUGUCAGCAUUACAUUGUGAAAAGGUCACUAUAGUUCAGGAAAAACGAGCACAUCAGGGAUCUGGAUCACAGAAAGGGCAAAACAAACAUUCAUCAGGUCCAUACAUUUCCUGUUGUGGAAACAUUAUGUUGGAUAUCACUGUUGAUUUACUUCUGUCACUAUUUUCAGUGUUAAUAUUAUCUAAAUGUUAUUUUAAAGUUAUCAUUGUCAUUAUAUAGAUGUAUAUUGUAUCACCUUUUUUUGCUGUCAUGUUAUACAAUGUCUAAGACAUGUGAUCAUUUCACUGCUUCUGGGAAGCAUGUUUGAAAUGUGUGUGUGUGUGUGUGAGAGUGCAUGGAUGUGCCUGUGUAUCUGCACUGUAGAUAUACGUACAGCCUUUAUUGUAAAUAAAUAUAGAUAUGACGCUUUCUGUGCCAGCAGAUCAAACAUCAUAGCUUUUCAGGGUCUUCCUAUCAUAUUGAUAUGCUGAAAUGUGAACUUCCCAUACGACAUCCUACUAAAGCAAUAGCAGAAUAGAACUUGCUCUGCCAUGGCACUGCAUCAGCUUAUUUUUGUUUCGUUUCAGCUGGAGGCGUUGCUAUGGUGUUGCUAUGAUACAAUAUCUCUACAGUGCCACCAAAAUCCUGCGUGGAUGCUGUUUUGCUGGUGUGCCGUGUGUGUGUGUGUGUGUGUGUGUGUGUGUGUGUGUGUGUGUGUGUGUGUGUGUGUGUGUGUGUGUGUGUGUGUGUGUGUGUGUGUGUGUUUGUGUACAUAUGUGUGUAUGAGAGAGACAAAAAGACAAAGAGUGAGUGAGUGACUUUGACGUGAGCCCUCUGGCUGUGUGGGAAGAGGCUCCAAACACAUAUGAGUAGCUGAGAACAAGGUGGUUAUUUCUGACAAAGUGACAGAAACAGAACCACUGUUACUACAUGAGAGAAUAAAAACAUCUAAGAAUUCAACAAAACCUUGUUAUCUGUGGAA